GAGUGAGAGGGAAGGAGGAUCCAGUGCGCGUGGUAAGAGGGGAGGAUACUGGCGGAGUCUGUUGUGGAGCUGUCAGUUGUGUACUUGUUGGGAAAGGCUGGAAAGCUGUCAGCUUGUUUCUUGAGAACAGACUUGGGAAGUGGUUUGGAUUGACUGGGAGCGAGUGGUUUGGGGAAUUGAAUGGGGCCAAACGAUGAUCAGAGCUGGGGAGGUAGUCUUGGUUCUGCAGGAAAGGACGCUUGGGGAAAAGGCUUCUGAAUUUUCAGGGUAGCUGUCCGAGUGAGGAAAGGAGCUGAGCUGAGCGGAGUUGUCGGAGGAGGGAAGGGGAGGGGCCUGCAUGAAAAGUGGCUGUUGAGCUGUCAGUGAAGUAUUCGGUGUGCCCAAGUGACAUCUAGAAUUGAGCUACCGAUUCGUCAGUUACAGAAUACCCCUUCAUACUAGAAGAACAAACAAAACACUGAGCGAAUUACGAAUCAAAUGUUAGGUCCUCUCCAGAUGAGGUCACAUUAAUCACUGCCUAUGUGAAUAUCUGACUCGACAAACACAUUUUUGACAAGAGCUUGCAUUUUUAACAGGAAAGAAGCAUCAGGUGUUGGUACUUAAAACAAAAAGAAAACAUUCAGAGUUUGCAGUGAGUUAAAAGAGCCGCACAUGUAGGAUCUUGGCGUGGGACAGGGUGUCAGUGUCAGGGAAAAGUCCUGAGGAAAGAAAGCACUUUUGAAAAAAUGAUUUUGGCUGGGCAGUAGAUGAAAGGACAUUAGUAAAUUCAGUUAUUAUUUUUUAUAUUUAAUGAUAGAGUACAUAUAAAUUUAAAGAAAUGGACACUUCAUCUUUUUGGAAUGAUUUUAAGUUGCUGUUAUUCUAACGUAUUUUUACUUAUUAUGUUCAAGUAAGAAACCUUGAAUAUUUAAAAUGAACGAUGUUGACCUGUCCCUUAGUCUACUAAUGCUAGUGUAGAAAGUGAUAACUUCCUUAAAUAGUGUGGAAGUUAGAGGAGAUGGAGGGGGCUUCUGUGAACGGGGAAUAAGAAAAUGGUUUUAGAAGGAAAAUGUUUGGCUAACGACCAUAAUAAAUGCAGGUAACAUUUGAGAUCUGGAAAUGUAUGCCUAUGCCUGACAUUUAGCAUUUGAAAAAUAUUGAAUAAAAUAUUCAUAUAGUGAAAAAAGCCUCAAUCUUAUAAUAAAAAAUACAGUUUGACUUUUUCCUAUCUGCUCAGUUUAUUUUCUUAGUGCAGGACAAACAGGGUUAACUGUGUUUCCAAAUUUGUUGUCUCUUUUUAUGUAAAAGGUAACAUACAUUGCAGUCUGCUACAUCUUGUUUUUCAUUUAGAUAUAUUUUCAUGUUAGUGUCCUCAUUUUGUUCUGUAAAGGCUGCUGUAUGAUAUUCCCUGAAUUUGCCAAUCUUAAAGUUUUGGUAGGCAUUUAAAGGUUUCCAGCAUAGAAUAAGAUGGUAUGCCUACGUUUUUGCACCUGUGCAACAAUAUCAAUGGAAUAAAUUCUUAAAGUGGACUUUCUAAAUUGUCUUCCAUAGGUACUAAGCACUAUAUGAGCUGCCUGUUUUUCAAUAGCCAUAUUAACAGUGUUAUUAAAACUGAACUUUUAUCCAUUUAUUUGUUUAAAAGCAGUUGAAUGUAACUGCUUUACAUGAUUUAGUUCAUUUAAUCUUUAGCAGUUUUGAGGUAGCUGCUUUUAUUUUCAUUUUACGGAAAAGGAAAGUUGACCACAGAAUUUAAAAAUUUGAUCAAGUUGUUCCAAUUGCUCAUGUUUGUAAUCUCAGCUACUGAGAGAGGCUGAGGUAGGAUGAUCAUAAGUUCAAGUCUGGGCAACAUAGCAAGAAUGUGUCUCAAAAUAAAAUAAAAAAGGACUGGGGAUGUAGCUCAGCACUCCUUGGAUUCCAUCUCUGGCAGUGCAAAUAACCCCCACCCAAACAAACAAAAAACUUGCUGAAGAUCACACUGGUGGUAAGCAAGGCUUGCUAUCCCGAGUGUAACUGCGCAACCACUUCUUUCUUCUGCCUCUACUAAAUAAUACCCCCUCCUUCUUCAGUGAUGCUAGGAAUCAAACCCAGAGCCUUAUUCUCAGGACUUUCUGUGUGCUAGGCAAGCGCUGUACUUCUGAGCUAUAUUCCCAGCCCUGUCAGUGAGUUUCUUUGAAUGCCGUCAUGUGUGGAUUUAGGGCAUCUAGGCUACAUCCUAGUUUUGUGACAUUUGUCUUUACUAAAAUUUCAAUAGAGCUCAUUUUCUUCCACAGUGGCUGUCCAUGAGUUGGUAAAUAGUAUUUGAUGAUUUAUUAUCUCUUUCUGAAAUACAGAGCCCUUGUUUUGUACAUGCCAGAAUUGCCAUGCUCAGUUUCAUAAGGGGCAAGGGUUAAAAAAGAAAUGGUAUUGUAGCUAUGUAAUUAUUUUGAAGUUUUUGUAGUUCCUUGAGUUGGUUAGAAUGGUUGUGGGCUAUGUACUUAAUCCACUGCCUUAUAGAGAGAUAUUUUAAUGUUGGCCAGCAGAACAAAGUAAAAUUCUGUUUGCGGAAUCUUUUUAGAAUUGGAAAUCCAUAAGUUAUAAUGGUGUCCUGGGUAAACAAACUGCUUUUCCAGCAUGUGCAAAAUUAAUUUAACUUUUUAAGUUUUUAUGUUAAAAGACAACCUCUUUAGGUUGUGAAAAACAGAAGCUAUUUUUUUUCUUUUUGUACCGGGGAUCAAACUCACAACCUUAUGCUUGCCAGGCAGGUGCCUGUGCCACUGAGCUAAAUCCUCAGCCAGAAGCUGUUUUUAUUUGGGGGGUAUUCUAAUGGCCAUAAAAGUUCGUAAAUUUCAUUAGUUUCACAGGAGGGAUUCCAUUUUUUUCCCCUCUGUGUUUGUGUUUACACUUGUUUUUAUUAAUAGUGUAAUUGUUUUCAGUACUAAAAAUUAUAUGCAAGGCCUUUUCUUAUACUGUGGAAACUCCUUACCAUUGAGUUAUACCCCCAGCCCUUUCAGCUGUGUUCUUAGUAAAAGAAGAAAUUGUGCUGUAGCUUAAUCCUUUGUAUGUGUCAGACUAUGGUGGUAGAGUAUUAUAUGAUUGAAGAUGGUCUGUUACAACUGUAUUAAUACUUAAUUUUCAAAUUUGCAGUUAUAGAAAUAUGAGGGUUGAGUUAAUUAGUAGUAGUGUUGGUAUAAUCAGUAUAGUGAUAUUGUUAGAUACACAAAAGAAAAAAUUGAGGAUUCAUUUGUGAGAUGAUGUUAUAAAGGUUAUGGAGACUAUCAGUGACUAUGUAUAACAACAUAGUUUUUCUAGGGGUGGGGAAUCCAACCAAAGCUUCACACAUAUUAGAUACAUGCUCUCCCUCUGAACUGCAUGCCCAGUGAUAAACAGUAUAAUUUUAUUACUAGUGACUAAGUAUAAUCAUUGUUGCAAAUGGUUGAUACAUGGCUAAACUAAACAAAAUGAAACAAAGCAAAACAAAACAGUGUGAUGGAAAAUCUAAUGUCUGACUGUCUUGGUUUGGGCUCUGAUGGGAUAAUAAUCAGAAAUGAGAUUUUAAACAUUUAGUUUUCAAAUUUAAUGCAGAGCUUGACUAUUUUCUUUCUUUUUUUUUUGGUGCCGGGGAUCGAACUCAUGACCUCAUACUUACCAGGUUUUGCAAAAGGCAUCAAAUUAAAUCAAGUUCAAAUGUCCCCUGUGUCCCCAAAGAUUUACUGAUGAUGUCUGAAUUUGUUCUUCCAAGAUUUAUUUUUUGUCUUAUUCAGUACUUAAGAGAAGGCUAUAAUGAACCAGCAGCCGAUAUACCAUCAGAAAAAGACCUUAACAAAGUCCUUCAGCUUUUGGAACCUCAGAUUUCCUUUUUAGAAGACCUAACUAAAAUGGGAGGAGCAAUGAGGUCUGUUCUUACUCAGGUUUUGACAAACCAACAAAACUACAAAGAUCUGACUUCUGGUCUUGGAGAAAAUGCUUGUGCAAAGAAGAGUCAUGAAAAGUACCUGAUAGCUUUGAAGAGCUCUGGACUCACAUAUCCUGAGGAUAAGCUUGUGUAUGGCAUGCAGGAGCCAUCUGCUGGUACUAGUACUCUGGGUGUUCAAGGUUUUGCAGGUGCAACAGGAACGUUGGGGCAAGCAGAUUCUUCAGAUGAGGAGGAUCAGGAUGGGAGUCAAGGCCUGGGCAAGAGAAAGAGGGUAAAACUAAGCAGUGGUACCAAAGAUCAAUCCAUAAUGGAUGUUUUAAAACAUAAAAGUUUUCUAGAAGAACUGUUGUUUUGGACAAUAAAGUAUGAGUUCCCUCAGAAGAUGGUAACUUUCUUACUCAACAUGCUUCCAGAUCAAGAAUAUAAGGUUGCUUUUACAAAAACUUUUGUUCAGCAUUAUGCUUUCAUUAUGAAAACACUGAAGAAAAGUCAUGAAUCGGACACAAUGUCCAACAGAAUUGUGCAUAUUAGUGUUCAAUUGUUUAGCAAUGAGGAACUAGCCAGACAGGUGACAGAAGAAUGUCAGCUGCUGGACAUUAUGGUCACUGUGCUAUUAUACAUGAUGGAAAGUUGCCUUAUUAAAAGUGAGCUGCAAGAUGAAGAAAAUAGUUUACAUGUGGUAGUGAAUUGUGGAGAAGCAUUAUUGAAGAAUAACACUUACUGGCCUCUUGUUAGUGAUUUUAUUAAUAUUCUUUCUCAUCAAAGUGUGGCUAAGAGAUUUUUGGAGGACCAUGGUUUGUUGGUUACAUGGAUGAACUUUGUAUCUUUCUUUCAAGGUAUGAACUUAAACAAGCGAGAACUAAAUGAACACGUGGAGUUUGAGUCUCAGACCUACUAUGCUGCGUUUGCUGCUGAACUGGAGGCCUGUGCACAGCCAAUGUGGGGACUCUUAUCGCACUGUAAAGUCAGGGAAACCCAGGAAUAUACCCGAAAUGUUGUAAGAUACUGCCUUGAAGCGCUUCAAGACUGGUUUGAUGCUAUUAAUUUUGUAGAUGAGCCAGCACCUAACCAAGUUACUUUUCACCUGCCACUACAUCGUUACUAUGCCAUGUUUUUGAGUAAGGCUGUGAAAUGUCAAGAAUUGGAUUUGGAUUCUGUUUUACCAGAUCAGGAAAUGUUAAUGAAAUUAAUGAUUCACCCACUCCAAAUUCAAGCAAGUCUUGCUGAAAUCCACAGCAAUAUGUGGGUAAGAAAUGGUUUGCAAAUCAAAGGGCAAGCUAUGACCUAUGUCCAGUCUCAUUUCUGUAAUUCUAUGAUUGAUCCUGACAUUUACCUAUUACAGGUUUGUGCUUCUAGACUUGACCCAGAUUAUUUUAUAUCAUCAGUCUUUGAAAGAUUUAAGGUGGUAGAUUUAUUGACAAUGGCAUCACAACAUCAAAAUACAGUACUUGAUGCGGAGCAUGAGAGAUCCAUGUUAGAAGGCGCUCUUACGUUCCUUGUGAUUCUUUUGAGUCUUCGUUUACAUUUAGGAAUGUCUGAUGAUGAGAUUCUCAGGGCUGAGAUGGUAGCCCAGCUGUGCAUGAAUGACAGGACACAUAGCUCAUUGCUGGACCUCAUUCCAGAGAAUCCCAAUCCCAAAAGUGGCAUCAUCCCAGGCAGUUAUAGCUUUGAGUCAGUUUUAUCAGCCGUAGCCGAUUUUAAGGCUCCUGUUUUUGAACCUGGAGGUUCCAUGCAACAAGGCAUGUAUACUCCCAAAGCGGAAGUCUGGGAUCAGGAGUUUGACCCUGUCAUGGUCAUUCUUCGAACAGUGUACCGCAGAGAUGUGCAGUCUGCGAUGGACAGAUACACAGCAUUUUUAAAACAGAGUGGAAAAUUCCCUGGAAAUCCCUGGCCUCCUUAUAAGAAAAGGACAUCACUUCAUCCUAGCUAUAAAGGUCUCAUGAGACUUUUGCACUGUAAAACUUUGCACAUUGUGCUAUUCACUCUACUUUACAAGAUUUUGAUGGAUCAUCAAAAUCUGUCAGAACAUGUACUCUGCAUGGUCUUGUAUCUGAUUGAAUUAGGACUUGAAAAUUCAGCUGAAGAUGAAUCAGAUGAAGAGAUAUCAGUGGAUGGACCAGAACGUUGUCAUGACAGUUGGUUUCCUGGGAGUAACUUAGUAUCAAACAUGCGACACUUUAUAAAUUAUGUGAGAGUGAGAGUUCCGGAGACUGCUCCUGAAGUGAAGAGAGACCCACCUGCAAGUACGAGCUCUGAUAGUUUGGGUUCUUUACAACGUUCGCGACCACCUAAAGUUCUUCAGAGAGAGAAUUCUGGGACAGCUCAAGUUUUCAGCUUAGUAGCAGAGCGCAGAAAGAAAUUUCAGGAGAUCAUCAAUCGCAGUACCAGUGAAGCAAAUCAGGUGGUUCGUCCUAAAACUUCAAAUAAAUGGUCUGCUCCUGGUUCACCUCCCCAGUUAACAACAGCCAUUUUGGAAAUUAAAGAAAGUAUAUUGUCUUUGCUUAUUAAACUUCACCACAAACUCUCAGGGAAACAAAACUCUUACUAUCCUCCGUGGCUUGAUGACAUCGAAGUUUUAAUUCAACCAGAAAUUCCUAAAUAUAGUCAUGGAGAUGGUAUAACUGCAGUAGAAAGAAUUUUACUAAAAGCUGCAUUGCAAAGCAGAAUGAACAAACGCAUCAUUGAAGAGAUAUGUAGAAAAGUGACUCCGCCUGUUCCGCCCAAAAAAAUCACUGCAGCAGAGAAGAAAACUCUGGACAAAGAAGAAAGGCGACAGAAGGCUAGAGAGAGGCAGCAGAAAUUACUUGCAGAAUUUGCUUCACGACAGAAAAGCUUUAUGGAAACUGCAAUGGAUGUUGAUUCUUCUGAGAAUGACAUUCCUAUGGAAAUCACCACAGCAGAACCACAAGUUUCUGAGGCAAUAUAUGAUUGUGUCAUAUGUGGACAGAGCGGCCCUUCCUCUGAAGACCGACCUACUGGGCUGGUUGUACUAUUACAAGCAUCCUCAGUUUUAGGACAGUGCCGUGAUAAUGUUGAGCCAAAAAAGUUGCCAGUCACUGAAGAAGAACAGAUUUACCCUUGGGACACAUGUGCAGCAGUGCAUGAUGUGAGGCUUUCAUUGUUACAGCGUUAUUUUAAGGAUAGUUCUUGUCUUUUGGCAGUAUCAAUUGGCUGGGAAGGAGGUGUUUAUGUACAAACCUGUGGCCACACCUUACAUAUAGAUUGUCAUAAAUCUUAUAUGGAAUCAUUACGGAAUGACCAGGUUCUUCAGGGCUUCUCGGUGGACAAAGGAGAAUUCACCUGUCCUCUCUGUAGACAGUUUGCUAACAGUGUUCUUCCUUGUUAUCCUGGGAGCAAUGUGGAAAAUAACCUUUGGCAGCGUCCUAAUAACAAAAGCAUAAAAGACCUCAUAAAGGAAGUGGAGGAGCUGCAGGGACGGCCGGGAGCUUUCCCAGUAAGCAUCAGUUCAGAAACCAACUUAAGUAAGGAAAUGGAGUCUGUAAUGAAAGAUAUAAAAAAUACAACUCAGAAGAAAUACAGAGACUAUAGCAAGACUCCGGGCUCACCAGACAAUGAUUUUCUUUUUAUGUACUCUGUUGCUAGAACCAAUUUGGAACUUGAAUUGAUUCAUAGAGGAGGCAAUUUGUGUUCUGGUGGUGCAAGCACAGCUGGCAAAAGGUCUUGUUUAAAUCAGCUGUUCCAUGUGUUAGCCUUGCACAUGCGACUUUAUACCAUUGACUCUGAAUAUAAUCCCUGGAAAAAGCUCACCCAGUUAGCAGAAGAUGUGAAUUCACAGUUGGGAAGUGAAGAACAUCAGCCUGAAGUUCCAAUUCUUUAUCAUGAUGUAACAUCUCUUUUGCUCAUCCAAAUCUUAAUGAUGCCACAACCCUUACACAAAGAACACUUUACCUGCAUUGUGAAGGUGCUCUUCACCCUGCUCUACACACAGGCGCUUGCAGCACUUUCAGUGAAAUGCAGUGAGGAAGACAGGUCAGCCUGGAAACACAUGGGAGCUCUCAGAAAGAAUACAUGUGAUGCUGAAAAGACUUACGAAGCGUUAUUGAGCUUUGUCAUAAGUGAACUAUCUAAAGGAAAAUUAUACCAUGAAGAAGGGACUCAAGAAUGUUCAAUGGUUAGUCCUAUUGCUUGGUCGCCUGAAUCCAUGGAAAAAUACUUACAAGACUUCUGCUUACCUUUCCUUAGAAUCACCAGCCUUCUUCAGCACCACCUUUUUGGGGAAGAUUUACCUAGUUGCCAGGAAGAAGAAGAAUUUUCAAUUCUUGCCAGCUGCCUGGGACUUCUGCCAACAUUUUACCAAACAGAACAUCCAUUCAUCAGUGCCUCCUGUCUGGAUUGGCCAGUUCCAGCAUUUGAUAUUAUAACUCAGUGGUGUUUUGAGAUAAAAUCAUUUACGGAAAGACAUGCAGAACAAGGAAAGGCCUUGCUUAUCCAAGAGUCAAGAUGGAAGUUACCGCACCUAUUACAGUUGCCUGAGAAUUACAAUACCAUUUUUCAGUACUACCACAGGAAAACCUGUAGUGUCUGCACCAAGGUUCCUAAAGACCCGGCUGUUUGCCUUGUUUGUGGUACUUUCGUGUGCCUCAAAGGACUUUGCUGCAAACAACAAAGUUACUGUGAAUGUGUACUGCAUUCUCAAAACUGUGGUGCUGGAACAGGGAUUUUCCUUUUGAUCAAUGCGUCAGUGAUUAUCAUUAUUCGAGGUCACCGCUUCUGCCUCUGGGGUUCCGUGUAUUUGGAUGCUCAUGGAGAAGAAGACCGGGAUCUUAGGCGAGGCAAGCCUCUCUACAUUUGUAAGGAAAGAUACAAAGUUCUUGAACAACAGUGGAUUUCUCAUACUUUUGAUCACAUCAAUAAAAGAUGGGGUCCACAUUAUAAUGGACUAUGACUUACCACCUCAGCAUUUCAUAUCAUCAUUUUCAUUAGGAAUUUAUUUUAUCACAAUAAGCUUUAACUUAAUUUAGGGGAUUAAUGCUUUUGCUGAAGGAAAAAAAACAUACAUUAUGAAGCCUUUUCAAAAUUAGGUGCUUGGUAAUCACAUUAAUGGUAUAAUAAUUUUUUUAAAGUACCUGGAAAACUUAACAAAUAAGUUAAAUCAUUCUUUAGUGGUCAUUUUUUUAAGUGCACAAUUAAUAAAAAGCACAAUAUGUCCACAAAAUCAUUCAGAAAUGAUUCCCCCAACAGAGCAUAUCAGCUAUUUAUUGACACUUAGAGUGGGUGUGAUUUAUUUGAAGUUUUACUGUUUUUUCGAUCUGUAUUUUAAUUUGCAUCGCCUAAACAUAAUGUAUCUUUUUUCUCUGCCAUUCUUGUUUGAUUUGAGGUUUUUGCUGUAUGUAAUUAGAAAAAAAUGUAAAACAUGAUUUAUGUGAAAUAUUGUAUAGUAAAAGUUGGUCUGAUAGUAGAACUUUAAAAUUUUUUCUUAUUGUGAGGAUCUGUUAAAAGUUUAAGGCUUUGCUGAAAACUUAAUUCAUUCUCAGGAAUUUCAUAAAUAUUUUCCCCAGGUAAAUAAUUAAAAUAGCUGUAAAAUAAGUAGAUAGCUGCUGUUAAUAUAAUACAGUACAUGGUGGGGGGUAUGUGUGUGGUUAGGGAAUACUUAAAAGUCAAAGUUUUGGGGCUGCAGAUGUAACUCAGUGGUAGAGUGCUUGCCUAGCAUGCACAAGGCACUGGGUUUGAUCUUAACCAAAAAAAAAAAAAAAAAGAAUAAAGGAAAAAAUCAAAAUUACCAAAACUUGCCAUUUCAUUUGAAUGAAUUAUUACAGAUAGUAACAUAGAUUUUUACUAUAAAAUCAAAAAGUUUUAGAUUAUACACGUGACAGAUUUUGAGUCUGUGCAUGCCCACCUUUCAUUAUUAACAAAGCUUUUGUUUAUAUGGUUGGAUUGGAAAUGCUCAUACUUCCCUACAAAUGAGCCAUAAGUUUUAGAACUUCCCUGCCAGCUCAAGAAGCUCAGCUCUGUUUUAUUCAUGCAGUGUAAUCACUGUUAUUUCUGCUUGGUUUCCUAGAAGGAAAAAGAAGUAGUGAUGACCCUCAUGAAUGACCCAGGCAUCCACAUUCUUCUUAGAAACUGCUGUGAAAAGCAGUUUAUGUUUGUAGGGUUUUAAAGUCAGUAAGAAAGAGAAUGAUUGAGCUCAAACCCACUCUAGAAUUAGGAAAGAAAGAUUAAAGCAUGUUAUAUAUUGAUACCAAGAUUUUUUUCCCCCAAAAUGGUUCUGUAAUUUGAUAAUCAUUUCAUUUAUAGUGUUAUCAAGCUAUUUCCUGGUAGUCUGUACUUCCAUGGCUUGCUAUAUGAAAUUACAUUUUUACAUGUAAGAAUAAGAAAUGUCUAAUGAUAAAACAUAGAAAUAACAUUAGAUCCAUGUUUCAAAAUUUCUUAUGUGAAAUGACAAAAUAUGAAAAUGAACAUUAAAUGAUGGGUUUGCAUUAAAAUAGGGAAAACAGAGCAGUACAUACUCAAAUAUGUACAGAACAUCAAAAAAUUAGGUAUUCUGUACAAGAAAAUAUGUGGAAAUAGUUUGCUAUUUUUGUAUACAUUUCCAAAAUAUUAAGGUAACUUUCUGUAAAACUAGACUGAUUCUGUUUGACUAAAUCACUAUCCUUUCUGACACAUGCUACUUUUUAAAAUAUUGUAUCAUAAGUUCAGCCUGUUAUAUUUUUUGCAUUGCUCAUUAUGGAUACCAGACCAUUUGCAAGUGUGGUUAAAGAGCAAAAUGCUUAUUUACAUCUCUAGUAAACACUGUUACAGGAUUCAUGAACUUGAAUAAUUCUACAGUUUGAAACUCUGAUACUAUAUAUACAUGGCAUAAUGUAUUCAGACUUUGAUUACUACAUAUUUAAAAUGGAAUGUUUUAUGGUUGUGCAUAUGGAUGUGAAGUGAAAAUAUUAGCCUUAACUUUAAAAUUUGGGUAUUUGAUAGUGUUUAUUUUGAUAUUGGUGAAUUAGUCACCGGUAAAUUUUAAAAAAAGCACUUGGUUGAAAAUCGUACUUGAAUACAUACAUGCAUGCUGCUAAACUAGAACUUUAAUUUUUCCCCAUAACUUUUAUAAGUCCCAUUUAUAAACCCACUUUUAAAAAUAACAGGUCCAAGUUAGAGUGAUGUGUGUAUAUUAUUCCAAAAAAAUGUACUGGUGUGAUAUCUUGUAUGAAUGAUCAUUUAAAUACAGUACAUUACUGUAGAAACUAAAUCAACCUUUAUAAUUAAGCAGAAAUUAUAAACUAGGAAUAAUCAACAUUGUAAAAUAUGUUAAUAAAAACCUGCUGUCAUUUGGUUUGUGAAAGGUC